AUGCUCACUUGUGCGCUGUUCGGUGUCGGCGUCGUGUCCCGCACCAGAGAGGCAGCGGUCGGCCAUCUUGGGGUAUACCGCCCGACCUCCGGCAGGACCGUAGUGGAGGCGCUGCGGCAUGUCGUGGUGGUCGCCCGUGGAGACCGGCAUUACCCCCGGGGGUGGAAGAACGCCGGUCGGAGAACCGGGAGAGCGGCUGUCUCACCCAAGCUCAAGCUCGUAGGCCUCAGGCCUUGGUCGGGUUACUUUGGUGCCGUUGGGUGUCCUGCUGGGUGUCCCCUGGAUCGUCGUCACCUGAGUAAUGCUAUGAUCGCAAUUUCAGGUCGGUAUCUGCUUGUGGCCCGCAGUUAG